GCCUCUUCUUUGCCCCCACCCACUCCGUCAUCCAGACCUCCAUCCAGCCCUCAAUCCAGCCCUCCAUACACAAAAUGACUCUGAAACUUACUGAAUGGUCUUCUAUAUGGAUUUUUACAGCUUGUAAUAGACAGUAAGAAAAAGAGGGAAAACCUCAAUGACAAAAAAGCCAUAAACACACCACACACACACACACACACACACAUACACAAACAUAUACACCCUCACGCACACACUCACACACUCACACAAACACACCUGACAGAAAGAAGCAAACGCACAAACUCACUAUUGGAAUGUACCGCACACUCUUCCUGUGAAAAAUUCAACUGCUUCCUUUUAUUUUUCUGGAUUUUCUACAAGCCUUCGGAAAGCUGAUUUUGUUCCUUUCUUUUCUUUUUUCGACUCUGGGACAAAACAAAAAGCCGAGAGGAGGAUUAACAGGUCUUGAAGUUGAAGCUGCAGUGUUUUUGGGAGGACAACUUGUUUUUAGGACAACUGAUUGCUGAGGUUUUUUUUGUUUUCUUUACAUUGACAAGACAAUAGAUAAGUUUUCCUUCAUUUUUUUAGUUUUAGAAGAACCUAAGCUCAUUUGAUCUUCUGAUCGUUUUUUUUUAUUGUAGUGGAUAUUAGCACUAAUGUUUAAAGAAGUAAUAGUUGUUACUACCAUAUAACUAGCCGAUUACGACCACAGGCUGCAAUUUGUAGCUUGAAAAGAUUGUAAUUAAGUCUUAUAGGUCUAAAGUAACUUGACUUGAUACAAGAAAGCAGGGACAUAGUAUUGUUUCUUUUGGUAGCUACAGGUUAUUGUUCUCAGCUCUGUCAGUGUGUCUGAGGGGGUACACUUGUUCUCCCGUUGCGUGCAUGCCCUCCACCAUGCCUCCCCAGAACACAGAGGCCGACGCCAUGCAGGUCGGAGCUCUGGUGGGCGGGGUCAACGUCAAAAAGUCCACGGCAUCGGGCACGGACGAGGAGAAAGGAGGAGCAGGAGGCGAGACAGACGGAUCGGGAGGCGGAGGAGCAGGAGGUCGAGGAGGGGAGGAGUCGGUGAGCGAGGGAUCGGUGGAGAGCAUCCCGCUGAAGAGAUGGGUGAUGCACGGGGCCGUGAUGUUCGGCCGGGAGUUCUGCUACGCCAUGGAGACGGCGCUGGUGACACCUGUGCUGCUGCAGAUAGGUCUUCCAGAGCAGUACUACAGUCUGACGUGGUUCCUCAGUCCGGUCCUCGGCCUCAUGUUCACUCCUCUGAUCGGCUCGGCCAGCGACCGCUGCACUCUGCGCUGGGGCAGGAGGAGGCCGUUCAUCCUGGCUCUCUGUAUCGGGACUCUGAUCGGAGUCGCACUGUUUCUGAAUGGAUCGCUGAUAGGUUUAUCGAUGGGUGACGAGCAGGGGAGACAGCCGAUAGGAAUAGUUCUUACUGUGCUGGGGGUGGUGGUGUUGGACUUUUGUGCGGACGCAACAGAAGGACCAAUCAGAGCGUACCUGCUAGACGUGGCGGACACGGAGGAACAAGACAUGGCGUUAAACAUCCACGCCGCUUCGGCAGGUCUUGGUGGUGCAGUCGGGUACGCCCUCGGAGGUUUAGACUGGACACACACCUUCCUCGGCGCAGCUUUCAAGUCCCAGGAGCAGAUCCUCUUCUUCUUCGCUGCCAUCCUCUUCUCCAUCUCUGUGGCGUUACAUCUGUGCAGCAUCGAGGAGCAGCAGUACUCGCCCCAACACGACAGGCUGGAUCAGGAGAGUCCGGAUCGCUCCAAACCGCAAACAUCGGCCAAUGGGAGGACGGGACUCCUCGCGCCCAAGCUGGAAUUGAUCGGAGAGAAUGAAACGAUGGACAGCUACGACCUCUAUGACCCCUAUGGAGACGACCUGUCGGAGCGCGGGGAUGUGGACAUGGACUUCCUGGACAUGGAGCUUGUGAGAAGUAAAAGCGACAGUGUUCUCGCCAUGGCAGACGCCACUCUCGACCACCUGGAUCACGACGCGUUGUUCCUGUGGCACAUCGAGCCGUCCAUCUUCGCCGACCGCCUCUCACCCUAUCACGGCUCGCCUCCAACGACCGGUCACUUCUUCAACCCCCAUCGCAGCACGCCACCACCUCGCUUUGGCAACAUCAGGCGCAGCAGCAGCGCAGGAAGUCAGGAUCUGCUCCAAUCCAACCACCACCACGCACACGCCAUCAGUCCCAGGAUUUCCCGCCUCUCAGCUUUCAUGCAAGAAAUGGAAAACGACGACGGUCAGGAGGCGUUGCUGAACAACCAGCUGAAUGAGCAGCGGACACAGAACGGGCAGCUGUUAAAUGAUGUGAAUAAUCCUGACAGGGUUAACACAAACAGAUUGAGCUCUAAAGGACAGGCACAUCGUGCUGGGAUGGUCAAAGCUGCCAGCACCGGAGCCCCCAUACGGCAGUCACGUCACCGUCACAUCUUCUACCGCCAGCCGUCCUGCACCUUCUCCUACUACGGCCGUGUGGGCAGCCACCGCUACCGCUACCGCCGGGCCAACGCCGCCUAUCUCAUCAAGCCGUCUCGCAGCAUGAACGACCUGUACGAGGUAGAGGCCAGACACAGGAGGAGGCACAGGCAGAGGAACAGACACCGCAGCGGAAACACCAACUCCUCCAGCGGGGACACGGAGAGUGAAGAGGGAGAGGUUGAGACCACCGUGCGGCUGCUGUGGCUCUCCAUGCUGAAGAUGCCUCAGGAGCUGCUGCGACUCUGCGCCUGUCACCUGCUCACCUGGUUCUCCAUCAUCGCUGAGGCCGUCUUCUUCACUGACUUCAUGGGACAAGUCAUCUACCAUGGAGAUCCGACCGCUCCUCUUAACUCUACUUUAUUGGAGGAUUAUCACAAAGGAGUUCAGAUGGGAUGUUGGGGGCUGGUUAUAUAUGCCAUGACUGCCGCUACGUGCUCAGCUAUCCUUCAGAAGUACCUUGACAACUUUGACCUGAGCAUUAAGGUCAUCUACAUCAUGGGAACACUUGCAUUUUCUAUAGGAACUGCUUUCAUGGCAAUCUUCCCUAAUGUGUACGUCUCCAUGGUGAUGAUAAGCAGCAUGGGCAUCAUCUCCAUGAGUAUCUCCUACUGUCCUUAUGCUCUGCUGGGGCAGUAUCACGAAAUGAAAGAGUACAUCAGGCACAGUCCUGGGAACUCCCGAAGAGGCUUUGGCAUCGACUGUGCCAUCUUAUCCUGCCAGGUGUACAUCAGUCAGAUCUUGGUGGCUUCAGCUCUGGGUGCUGUCGUGGAAGCUGUCGGCAGCGUCCGUGUCAUUCCCAUGGUGGCCUCCGGGGGCUCCUUCCUCGGGUUCUUAACUGCCCUCUUCUUGGUCAUUUACCCGACUCCAAACAACGGGGACGGGGAAACAGCCAAAGCUACGACAAAACUGGAAAAUCCCAACAGCAAUGAAGUGGCCGUCACCGUGGUGACAGAGAAAACCAGCUUCCUGAAACUCAACAAAAAGGGCAAGGCCACCACCACCACCACUUCCUGUCACACGGAGAACGAGUCUGCUCUGUGAUCAGUUGGCUUAAAUCGACAGACGGCAACAACUAAGUUCACUUUUUAAAGAAUCGCUGACAGAAAGACUUUCUCCGACCUCGUUGUGCUGGAGACACAAAGCAGAGAGAGGAGAGCGAUUUGCUCCUCUCGUGUUUUUUUUUGUGCUUUUUCUGAUUCGGUAUUUUGAUUUUCUAAAGAAAACAACUAAAUCUGACGUGGGACCAGUGUCACAUCAGACCAACUUACCCAACAAAAAAAGCAUUCUGGUCCCAGUGCUGUUUUCAGCCAUCACAGAAAUUCCUUCCACUUCUCCCUCACGGACAUUCGACUGAUCCGUCAGGGUCGUCCAGAAGUGAGACAUCCAUCGGGUCACGGUUUUAAGGAGAGGUCGUCUCUGUCUCUCAGGGCCUCUAGGAGGUGCUACUGAGCAGCCGCCUGGACAGGAAACUUCAGGGGACUCGUACAUACACACACACACACACCUCCUCAUCUGGGGUCAAAACAAUCGAAUGAACACACAAACAAUGAACGUUGUUGAUGAACUUUAGUCCUCGAAGCUGCAAUCAUUCAAAAAUGCUGAAAAUUGUUCUUCCCUGCUGUGGAAUCGGCUCGAUUGAAGAUGAUGCCGAUGAGAGAGUGUGUGUGUGUCUGCUGACGUUUUCACCAAAAUAAACCCAAUAACACACUCGGAUUUGCGGGACUUUUACUGCGACAGUAGCUUUAAGACUCUUUUGGGAGUGUUGUUUCUGAAGCAAGGAGCCUGAAGCCUGAAGGUUCUUGGGGGUAAAAUGAUUGAUCUUGAGUCCCCAGAUUGAUUGCAAGUGUGUUUUUUGUUUAUGUUGCCCUCCUCCACAUGGCAGGAGUCUUUACUUUUACCUUCACUCCGGGGCAAAGUUGAUAAUAAGCUCUGCUCAGAAGUUGCCUGUAUGUUGAGGGUCAAGAAUACAGAGGUGUACUGAGUGAAAUUCCAGGAAAGAAAAAGUGCAGAUGCAAUAUGUGCAGUACACAGGGCAUUACAAUCCCAAAUAUUAUUUUCAUGAUUUUUUGAGGGCCCAGAAUGAUGCUUUUUUUUUUUUUUUUUUUUUAAAUAAUCUAGACUAACCUACCUGUUGCAUGUUAGAGGAGACAAACCAAACACCAGAGAAGAAGAAGAGAGAUGAGGAGGACUCCUCUCUCUCUACCUUCUUGCUUAUUUUUUUGAAAAUGCUGUUAGCACUAUGUUUUUCACUAACUGCACAUUAGCUGAGCCAUUGUUUGAAAGAGUGUUAAAUAGCAUUCAGUUAGAAAAGCCUUGUUUUUUUAAAGGGGUGUUGGAUUUAUUUGUCUUAGGAUACCCAGAUGGGUGGAACUUCCUGACACUCCACCAAUAAUGGUCCGAGUCAGGAGUGGGACACAAGAAUAUUACAACGGAUGCUGGAUAUAUUGAAAGAAAAAAUAUUUAAUAUAAGCAAAGCAGAAUAAAUCCUUCUAGGAUUGAGUAGCCUAUAAUAACAAGUUUGGGGUUGUUGGUUGAGUGUUCAGUGGAGGAUUUACGCUCCCAGUUUAGGUGUCGUGUCGGUUGGUUCUGGCACUUUACUGGGCCAAAUAUAAGUAUAAUAUAGUAUUUUAGAUGCUCAUUAAGUCUGUGUGUUGCACGCUGAAUGGAUAUUUAGAAGAAAAUGAAAAGAGGACUGGAGAAAUGUAUUCACUUUUAAAAAAAUACAUACAAAUGUUAAAACUUUUGUUAAGCAGAGGGGUAUUGAACUUCAUCUGCUUAUUUCCCAAACUGUUUGACCUUAAGCAAUAUUUGACUUAAUACAAAUUUAGAAAUACAGUCAUGGAAAAAAUUAUGAGACCAUUAUUUUCCUCAUUUUCUUGUUGGUACAACUAAAGUUACAACUAAAGUUACAUUUGUUCGAACAAAUAUAAUGAUAACAACAAAAAAUUUGAUAUCUAGCCAUUUUACAUGGUUUUCUUGACAAUAACCAAAAUCAUUAUCAAGAAAAAUUAUAUAUAUACAUUAUAUCUGUCCAAACAAAAGUGCCUUUAGUUGUACCAGGCAUUAAAGUGAACAAGAAAUUAGAGAAAACAAGAGUGGUCUAAUACUUUUUUCCAUGAGUGUACAUGCCGUAAAGGAAUACUUACAAAAUGGCUUUUUGUACAUCAAUUACUCACCAUGUUAACUUAAAUUCUUAUAAAUUACUUUUUUUCACAUGCCUCCAUGGUCAAUGGAGAAUCCAAAAAAGACCAAAAACUGUGAAUAAAUUGAAGUAAAUAGAGGCCAGGUUUACCAGCAGCACAACUACAUCUCACGCCUGCACAGGUGCACUACUCGUAUGGACAGGCCUGUGCUAGUGUGGCAGGGUUUUGUAAAUAGAUUAUAUAAUAUAAAGUUUAGUGAAAAUGCAUGUGUGUGGGAAGAAGUGAGCAUAAGGCUGGAGAAAUGAGACUUGGAUUGGACUGCAGGAGUUGGGUGAGAGUUUGAAACAGAUGUUUUGAUGUUGUUUUGCUGUCGUUAAACCUGGCCUUCAUUUACUUCAGUUUAACAAAGAUUUACUUCAUUUCUUCAUUCGUUGUGGAGGCAUGCGAUUAAAACUUUGCCUCUUGAAAAACAAUAUCAAGACUUAUUUACAGUUACAAAAACAACCGUUAUCAUCAAUAGCCGGAUUGGACCAGAAUAUAUUAUCUCCAAACUGAGCAGUUAGCUGCAUCAAAGUGUUGUAAGAGAUGCCUGUGAUGCUCAGUGCUGCAUCUGCUGUUUAAUGAGGUCAAAGCGGCGUGAUGGAGGAAGUAAAAGUGUUGAGUUUAGCUUUACUUUAGCCCUGUUAACAUUUAUACACAGUAGUGAGACUAAUGAUAACAAUAUUCCAUUAAAAACACAUGCAAGUUGUAGAGAUUUUAUUAAUACUGAAUGAUAUUGACUGUAGAGCGAUAAAUAAUCUUGGAAUGUUUCAAUAGCUGAAAAAAAACGUGUAGCGAAAAAGACUAAAUGAAAGAAAAUGAAAAGUAUCGUGACUUACGUUUUCUGACAAAUCAGAUUUUUUUGUUGCAAUAAUGUCCGCUGUUAAUCAGCCGCGGAGAAGACUGUGUGGGCAGAGCAGGGUUGCUUGUGGUGGUGAAAUCCGGGUGUUUUUUUCCUGCAUCUGUCGGGUUAAAAGCUGUGGAUUUGGGUCAGUUUUCCUUUCAGCCCAAUCAGCUGAAACAUGCAAAUUGUAAAUUGCAGUGAGUUAAUUUACUGAUGACAUAUUGUUUUAUUUUAGCGUGUUUUUCAGCAUUUAACAGAGAAGGUUAUUUUAAUUUUUGGGGUUUUUAGAAGAUUCACUCACUUAUGAUGAUGUGGUUGUUGUUUUUUUUCACUUUUGAUGGGUGUCUGUGUCGAGUUUAACCCUGUUUUUAACAGAAUAGAUUCCUUCCAUAAUUUCAGGUACAUUCAGUCAGGCCCAGAGUAGAGAGAGUAGAGUGUUUUGCUUCCUGGGUAGACCCUGCUCUGGCUGUGGUGCAGGGACGACAACAAAAGACAAGGAGGUGCAGAUGCCAGAGUUUCGUGUGGCUUCUGUAACCACCAGGGCAAUAAAACAUUCUGAAUGGACACACAACUGCAGUUUAAUGACAGGAGGAUUAAAAAAACAACAACUUUGGGUUUGGGAGGUUUUGCAUGCGACAACAGCAAUAUGCAUGUGUGGAACACCAAAGUAUGACUCAGUAAAAAUCACUCGAGCUCUUUUCUUUAUUUUCCUAAUAGGUCAGGGAUGUAUUUUCUAAUGCAUGGCUGGAUGUUUGUGUCUUUUUUUGUUUUAAAUGUGUAAAGAAAAAAACCAACAUGUACUCUUUAAGCUGCAGCAUUGUGCUCGGUCUGGGUCAGUACACGCUCAAAAACAAGCAUAAGACUUUCUAAAAAAACGUUUUUUUUUUUGCACAUUUGUGAGUGAAGACAGCACACGUCUCGUGGCUUUGUGGAUGGAAGACGAGAUGUGUGUCGCUCUGAGCAACACUCCUUGUUAGGCGAGAAACUCCAGGCCUCGAAUACUUGAAGUGCAACUUGAGUGUUUCUGUUCCGAUGCAGCGGGAAGUCUUUGAUUUUUCUUGUUCUUAAUGUCCCAAGCCUUUUUAUUUACCGCAGACUCUGGAAUGUUCAGACAGCAGCAUGGCCUGCUGGGAGAUUGAGUUCUUACCUUUGAUUCCAUCUUGUGACUUAAAUGUUUUUUCAAACAAAGUCAAUGAAUGUGAAAUGAUUUCACGCUGAAAUCAUUUUUGUUUUGAUGUUCGACAAGCCAGGGAGGGAGGUGAGGGUCUGACAUUGCACAGAACUUGCACAUAAUAAGUUAAGAAGAAAAAAAAACAAAAAUUGUAGAAGUGUUUUUUUUUGCAAAAGGAAAAACAAAAAUAACUGUUGAUAUUUAUUUUUUGGAGCUUUCUUGUCUAUAAAGGACACUUUUCACUUAGUUUCCAAAAUAUUACAUAAAAGCUGUUCUAUUUGCUGUUACAGGUCAUGUUACAGAAGCGGACUGGAUGGUGUGUGUGUGUGUCUCUUCGUGUGUGUGCAUGAGGCGAGAGUGUGUUAAAAAAUGUCAUCUCAGUGUUUGUUUUGGGUUCUUGUUCUCUGUUCUUUGCAAUCACCUGGUUUACACUUAACUCUGGAAUCGAUAGCUGCAAUACCGGAGGAUAUUUACAAGUCUUUAUUGUCUCUGUUCUGGUGUUUUAACUCGGCUAGAAAAUGUCUUCUUUUCGUCUGACUUUAAAGGCAGAGCCACACACCAGAGUCUGGCCUUUGCACUUUUUCAGUGGCAGCCAUGUUGGCUCCACCGUCCUGAUCAUUGAAUGAAUGUGACGACGACGUGGUGAUGCUGUUUCAUGUUCCCAGCCAGCAGCUGUCAGUGGCAGCAGCAUGGCAGCCAUGCAGUUAGUCCAACCUGGCCAGACUCUGCUGUGUGUGUAUGUGUGUGUGUCUGUGUGUGUGUGUGUGUGUGCGCGUGCAUGCAUGCAUGGAUGCGUGCGUGCAUGUGUGUGUGUGUGUGUGUGUGUGUGUGUGUGGCUCUGCCUCUGGUAAACUGUGUGUUAAUGACCGAGGAGAGAUGCCUAUAUACUUUGAUCCUCACAGAGAUUAAAUCAAGAAGAAUACUUAAAGAAUGGGAAAGCAAGUAUGCGCAGUGUACUAUAUAUAACAUGCCUUGUUAUUUGGAAACAAAAAAAAAAGAUGUAAAUAUACAUAUUUCUCUUUAGUUUCUUCUUUUUUUUGCUGCUAUAAAAAAGAUGAUUAUUUUUGUUAGUAGUUUUGUUUUCUAUAUAAAGACUGUAUAUAUCUCUAUGUUCUGUAAAUAUGCUUGAGCCUUCAUAUGUAGGACUCUGGAUGAACACUGUAUGGAACGCACCUUUAAAAUCUGUUCAGAAUUAAACCAACAA